AGUAGAAAACUACAACUCCCAGAGAGCACCUCUGCCAGGCUUCAUAACCCUGUUCAUGGCGUCUGUUGGAGGGCUAAAGACAGGUCGCCUUCCGACAAACAGAUAGGCCCUUGACUUUAACGUUUUUGUGUUGACUGUCUGUCCUGGCGUGACACAAUGGAGGUGGAGAGCGUCAAAGUGGAUGAUGAGAGGCGUCUGACCCAGCUGAGGUUUGAAGCUGCCGUCAAAGUCAUCAAGAGUUUGCCCCCGGACGGUCCCUUUCAGCCCUCCAAUGACAUGAUGCUCAAGUUCUACAGUUACUACAAACAAGCCACAGUGGGAGCCUGCAAUAUACCCCGACCAGGCUUCUGGGAUGCAGUCGGGAAAGCAAAAUGGGAUGCAUGGAAUUCUCUUGGGGAUAUGCCAAAAGAAGCAGCAAUGGCAGCGUAUGUUGAAGAAAUGAAGCUGAUCCUGGAGGGCAUGCCCAUGACGGACGAGGUGGAGGAGCUCUUGCGCGUCCUCGGCCCGUUCUAUGAGCUGAUUGAGGAGAAGAAAAAGAUCACACAGAUAUCAGACCUGAGCACAGGGUUUGGUACGAUGCUGAAUUCAAUACCGUCGAAGAGCGUCGCAAAGAGCAUCAUCAGAACGAUGGAAAUGAACGGCACUCUGGAGACUCGUGCUGCCAGGCUCAAAUCAAAGGAAACGAAGGAAAGAUCAGAUGAAGAAGCACAAGACGAGGAGGAAGAAGAAGAAGAGGAGGGGGAGGAAGUAGAGACAAGGGAGGUCAGAAAAGACAAGAAAUCAUCAGCUUCACAGCCAAAUAAGAAAGGUUCAACCAGGAGACACAAAGCUCCCCUGUCGAACGGUAAAGUGGCUAACGGGGUCGCCCAUCUGACCAACGGGGGUCAUUCCAGGGCUGCCCUGAACAGUGACGACUCCCUGGAGGGUUCAGUCAGUGAGCCUCAGCUCAAUGGACACCACACAGAUCCCAGUGUAGAGGUGUGUGGUCCCAGCCACCUGGCCAGUGACUCGGACAGCGAAGUCUACUGUGACUCUGUGGACCAGUUCAGCCAGGAAGAGAGCUCAGAGCAUAACCGCUCUUUGGACGACCUGGACGAAGAGGAGAACCACGUCCUGACGCCUCUAGAGGAGCGGCAGGCAACGCAGGAGCCCCGGGAGGGUGUUCACGGUCCACCGCCGGUCAUCAGGUUUGGAGGAGAAGAUGGAGAGAAUGGGGGAACAAUGUCACAGAGGCAGAGUCUGAAUGCAGACAAGCCGAACAGCUCUUUGGUCAGGAGAGGAAGGGGCUCCAGGACUCCAGAACUCGGCUCUGGAUCGCUGGGGCCCAUGUACGGCGGUGGAGACGGGGACGGGGGCCGCUGGGGAGGAGCAGUGACACCUGGAGGGAGCCUGAAUGAGCAGAUCGUUGUGGCGUUGGCCAGACUGCAAGAGGACAUGCAGAGCGUUCUGGAGAGGCUGCACACCCUGGAGGCUCUGACCGCGAGCCAGUCUCUGCAGACAAGAUCAGGGUCUCUGUCUCCAACUUAUGCAUCAAACCCACUGAAUAAGAGGACUCGGAAACCAUCCUGGUGGCCUUUCGACAUUUCCCCGACCAGUUUGGCCUUUGCUAUUUUAUGGCCAUUUGUGGUACAGUGGCUUAUCCGCCUAUUCCUGCAGAGGAGGAGAAGACGAAUCAACUGAACCUGCUCUCAUCCAAACACCCAUGGGCAUAGACGAUAAAGAGUCCUCUAAAUGUGGCUGGGUUGCAAAUGGCUGUAACUCCCUCCCCGCUUAGACCCACAGCCCAGUAAUUUGCUUUUGCACUAUGAAGAAGGCACCUAGAGUAAUGCGUGAGAGAUGUGAUCUCUUAAGUGUGUUGUACUGUGGAUGUGGACUCGAAUAGAAACGUGAAUGUAUGAGCUCGCAGCCUGUGAUUAUACAACCUACAACACCACCCCCUCCCCCGAUAUCGCUGUACUAGAAUCUUUUUCUCUGUAAGAAAUGGUUUGUGUUGAGAGGGGGAACUGAAGAGUUGGGAUGUUGUCAGCGUGUUUAUAAACCAACUACAGUAGCUUCUUAAUUAAUAUCCAUAACUAAGGCUGUGUUGCACAAAAAAUGAGGCCGAUACUUUGUUGAUUUGAGCUUGAUGUGAUUAGACAUUUUCAUAAUUAACUUUCAAUAGUUGCCCAGGUAAUGCUGCUAUAAUAAAAUGUUGUAAUUACUUUAUUAGUUUAGAAGGGAAGAAUGUAAAAAUUCUUUUAAAUUUUAAGAAUAAGUUAAUAUUUAUUAUUUUUAGCAACGGUUGCAAUGAAGGCAAACCUUGCUAGAUUUCAGCUCUACAAAUGAGGUUUGUUUAAAGUGACUGCUAAAUGUUCUGUAUACGUUAGACGAGGUCUGUCCUGCUGCCUAUCAGUCUGUGCUUUACGUCAAAGUGGUCUAUUCACUUCAUUGUUUUCCAGAUAGACGAAGUGCCUCAACAUCAUAAGGUACAUUCAUCAUGUAGGUGGUAAUAUGAUUUCUUACAGUCACAUACUGUAGCAUAACCGUUCCAGUGCUGGACCAAAUAAUCAUUAAUCAUACUACCUAAUGAGCCAUGAGGUGGUCCACUAUCAGAUUAUUAAUGCAACACUUGUCGCAGUCUCUGUUGUUUACUGUCACGUUUUUCCAUAUCGUACCAUUUAUAUGUGUGAUAUAAUGUUUGUGCGAAUAUUGUGAAAGGAGUUUGAGUGAAAAUAAUCAUGACCUGUUUGCAAAGCAGUGAAACCUAUAUAAAUUGUAUACAAUAGCUGUACAGUUCAGAUUAAAAUGCAGUAUUUUAAUUGCAUUCCCAUGAAUUAAUAUAGAAAACUAUCAUAUUUGCAUCUGCAGUAGCACUAAUCUUUCCAGAGCCAUUGUGUUUUAAUAAAAAAAAAAAGUAAUACAUUUACCUUUCUACUUAAAUGUACAAAGGCUGUCUCACCCUCUCUGCCUGUGGAUAGACGGGUGUUUGCAUGUGAUAAUCUAAGCCUCAAAUAAAGUUUUCAUAAAGCAUU